ACACACACAUACUUAAGAAACGCAUUCAGACUCAAUGCAAAUAUCCUUGUUUGUCGUCAGUCACGUGACCCAAGUUUGUGACCUUGGUUGACCCCAUUAGCGCGUGACUCAGUAACUAGUCCGUGUAAAGCAAUUCAAAGUUUUGAAAAACAAGAUGGCGUCUCGUAAAGUCCACCUUUCCUUGUACUUAUCGGCUAUCACCGUAGUGAUGAUCAGACCAACCCUGGCCGCUAUCUGCCAGCAAACCGGGCCUUGUUCGUGCCAAAUGGACGAUGGUUCCGGCACGAUUGACCUGUCUCCUCUGGCUGGAUCUGGCACCCCAAAGUUUAGCGGAUCGGCGACAAAAUGGCCGGAUGACAACUGGCAGUACAGUUACAACCCGUGUGUAGCGUUUGACAUGCAAAUGUGUUACGGCGUGGCGGCGUGUCAAGUGAAGAGUGACAUGUCAGGAGAAUCGUACGAUAUCGGUUCUCAGGACGGCGCGACCUUCUCCAUGGACGGAAACAACGUCGCCAUCACGUACAACGCCUUCGAUUAUCAAAGGCACACCAUAGUGAAGUUAGUGUGCAGUUCGAACACAGCAUUCACCGUGGAUGGCGAGGAUCCCGAUGCACAAACCUCUUUUUACUUCACGCUGGAGAGCCCGGAAUGCUGUGCUAGUGGCCCGGGUCCAGGCCCUGACCCUACCGGACCGGGACCCAACCCCGACCCUACCAUAACGAUCUCCAUAAGCGUGGGCUCCAUCAUGUGCAUUAUCUUCUUCCCCACCGUCUGUAUCUACAUCGUAGCGGGAGUCCUGAUCAACAAGUACGCACGGGAGAGAGAAGGAAAAGACGUCUUCCCUCACCUGGAGUUCUGGGGCAGUCUUCCGGGGUUGAUAAAGGACGGAUUCCUGUUCGUGUUCGCGAGUAUGCCGUGCCGCAAACAGGGAUAUAGUGAGAUCUAGACAACAUGGGCUGUUUGCCAAAGACAGGAUGACUUUUCCAGUAGUACACAAUUAAGGGGUGAAUAUACAAACAGGGAUAUAGUGAGAUCUAGACAACACGGACCUGUGCACCCUUUCAACAAUAGCAAAUCAACUUUUCCUACACAAAAUGCCAUUUUUAACUUAAGUAAUACGUACUAGUACACAAUGAAAAAAUAAUACAAGUACUAUGCAUCACUGAGAUGGUUCUGUACAAGGCAUGUUGUAAGAUACAUGUACAUUUGUAAAUGGUUAAAACAUAUGAAAUGAUUUGACUAUUUCUUUGGUCUCCACAAUGUGAACCACGCAUAGUUCAGUAAUAAUAAUAAUAAUAAUAAUGUGUAAUGUGUAAUAAAAAACAAUAUUAGAGAUAUAG